CAGUCUCGGGGAUAAAAUGUUGAACACCUAUGUUGUGAGUGCCAGCAUUGAAAAUGUAUCAAUUCACCACCUCAGUGAGCCAGUGAAUAUUAUCCUACAGCAUAUAAAACCAAAUAGGAACAAAUCUACAGAGCACUGUGUGUUUUGGGACUUUAUGAAGAACAAUGGACUGGGUGGCUGGAAUACAUCAGGGUGUGAAGUGAAACACAGAAAUAUGUAUUACACAAUCUGUCAUUGUAACCAUCUUACCCAUUUUGGAGUGUUGCUGGACUUAACCCGGAGAGAGACAGAUGGUGUGAAUCAUCGCAUAUUAACUCUGAUAACCUAUGCAGGAUGUGGAGCCUCUGCCCUGUGCUUGGGGGUAGUGCUGGUGAUGCACCUAACUCUUGACAAGCUUCGCAGAGAUUAUCCUUCAAAAAUCCUGCUAAAUCUCUGCACUGCACUGCUGAUGCUAAACCUGGUAUUCCUGGUCAAUUCCUGGCUGUCGUCAUUUAACAACCAUGGCCUGUGUAUCACAGUGGCUGUGUUCCUUCAUUAUUUUCUGCUUGCAGCCUUCACAUGGAUGGGCCUGGAAUCGCUUCACAUGUACUUUGCUUUCAUCAAAGUCUUCAGUCUAUACAUUCCAAACUAUAUACUGAAAUUCUGCAUUGCUGGGUGGGGGAUACCAGCUGUUGUAGUUGCUACUCUCCUCAUUAUAAAUGUGGACUUUUAUGGCAACGGAUCAGUUUCUAAAAACCGGAACUCAUUCACUUUUUUUUGCUGGAUUCAAGAUGAUGUUGUCUUUUACAUCUCCGUUGUCGCCUAUUUCUGCUUAAUAUUUCUGAUUAACAUAAUGAUGUUCAUCAAUGUUCUUCUUCAAAUUCGUAUCGUGAAAUCAAAGCAGCAAAUAAAAUCCAAGAACUGGAAGCAGGGCUUUCUCCAUGAUCUGCGGAGCACGGUCAGCCUGACAUUCUUACUCGGCUUAACCUGGGGUUUUGCCUUUUUUGCCUGGGGAUCAGCAAGGAUUUUUUUCUUGUAUGUCUUCACCAUUUGUAACACACUGCAAGGGCUUUUUAUCUUUGUAUAUCAUUGCCUGAUGAAAGAGACAGUGAGGAAGCAGUGCCAAGUGCACUUUUGCUGGGGGAAGUUUCGGCUCAAUAAUUAUUCUGAUUGGAGCAGGGCAGGAACAUCUGCUGGAUAUAAACCAAGAAAUUUAGAGCAUAAACUAUCAUCGCAUUCUUUGAAAUCAACCAAGUCUCUGAAGUCUAAUGCAACAAGCUCAACUUCCAAUGGUUCAGGCUCCUUACCGGAGACAUCUUUGGAUAUGGACUUGAGAGCAGCUGAGGUGCAAUACAACCCGGGCUCUGUAACUCCAUCUGCUUAUCAGUGAAAACAUCCUCGGGCAAGAAGAAUAUCACCUGUGGAUAUAUAACUGCACAGUACACAGAAAACUAAGUUUUUGCAGUGAUACCCAACCUAUUUUUUUCUGCUUAGCUGAAGACUGUCUAUUUUGUGGCCUGUACAAAUAAAUGUUUAUCCUAGUAUUUAUUUAAUUAUAAAAUAAGCAUUCUGAAGAUUGUUAUAGGGCUAAAGUCCUGCUCAUGCAACCCUUUUGGCUUCAAGGGGUUGCAUUCCUGCACAUGUGGGGAGAAUUUGGCCCUCUCGUGUGUGUGGUGGUUGCAGUAUCAAGCCCCUGAUGUUAAGUCUUGAUUUCAUAAUGGAAUGCUGCUGAAUGAUGAUGUAUGUGACACAAAGAUCCAUUAAUGAUUUUUGUAACUGUCUGAUUUAAUUGUUAAUUAGCAUCAGCAUAUCAAACCAUUUUCGGAUCCAAAAGCUAUACUUAACUUACAAUUAAUAAAAUGCAGAACUGGUAAAAAACAUAGGCUUGGAGUUUCCCAGUAAGAAGAGCAUGAAACAAUAACCCUGGAUGUAU